AUGGGGUCCCGCGGAGGAAGUCAAAGAGGAAGGAUCAACAGCGGUUUGGCCAAGUUCAUCUUCAUCGUACAGCAGCUGGAGACAGAGAGAGAGAGAGAGGGGAGGCAGAUGGAGCAGUUGAUGGAACAGGAAGGGGAUAACAUGGGUCUAGCUGGGGUGGGCAUGAUGCCACAACAUGGUCCUGCUGGGGAUGGUGAAGAAACAGACCCCACACAAUACUAUGAAAAUAGGCUGAAGAUGCUCGAUUCGCUUAGAAGCGCGGGCGUCGACCCCUAUCCGCACAAGUUCGAGGUCGCGAUCUCCAUCGCGGACUAUGUGGCCAAGCACAGCAGCUUGGGUGCUGGUGAACAUCUGCAGCCUGGCUGUGAAAUUAUUUGUUUGUGCCUGCAAGGGAGGGUCAUGAGCAAGAGAGUUUCCUCAUCCAAGCUCUUCUUUUAUGAUCUCUAUGGCGAUGGGGUGAAGGUUCAGGUCAUGGCUGGGGCCAGCUGCUCAGAGGUGGCCGAAACUGAAUUCUACAAGUGCCACAGUGUUGUGAAGCGGGGUGAUAUUGUCGGUAUAAUUGGAUACCCAGGUAGGAGUAGCAGGGGUGAACUUAGCAUAUUUGCCAGAAAUUUAAUAUUGCUCUCCCCAUGCCUCCAUAUGCUACCGAACCAGAGAACCGGGCGUUGCACUGCUGUUGCUGGCAAGACAACAAGAGCAAAAGCUGGUGCUGAUUGUUGGGUUCCAGGAAUAGGAAGGAACACUGAAGCUUAUGUUUUAAAGGACCAGGAAACUCGCUACCGCCAGAGAUAUCUCGACCUCAUGGUAAACCAUCAAGUGAGACAUAUCUUUAGAACACGAUCCAGGGUCAUUUCCUUCAUCAGAAGGUUCCUUCAUGAACGCAACUUUUUGGAGGUUGAGACACCAAUGAUGAACUUGAUUCCCGGGGGGGCAUCUGCAAAACCUUUUGUUACACAUCACAACGAACUAAACAUGGAUCUGUACAUGAGAAUUGCUCCUGAACUCCAUCUGAAGCAGUUGGUUGUGGGUGGCUUGGACCGUGUUUAUGAGAUUGGAAAGCAAUUCAGGAAUGAAGGGUUUGAUUUAACUCACAGUCCUGAAUUUACAGGAUGUGAAUUCUAUAUGGCUUAUGCAGACUACAAUGACCUGAUGGAGCUUACUGAAACCAUUUUGUCGGGUAUGGUGAGGGAGCUGACUGGUGGUACUAGGAUAAAAUACCAUGCGAAUGGAGCUGAUAACCCUCCCAUAGAGAUCGAUUUCACACCUCCUUACAGGAGGAUAGAUAUGAUGCAGGAACUGAAAUCUAUCGCUGGGCUUGACAUUCCAUCAGAUUUGUCAAGCGACGAGGCUAACAAAUACCUCGCGGCAACGUGUGAGAAGUAUGGAAUCAAAUGCUCGCCGCCUCAAACAACAGCACGGUUGCUUGACAAGAUUACUGGGCAUUUCCUGGAGGCCACAUGUGUGAACCCAACUUUUAUCAUCAACCAUCCAGAGAUAAUGAGCCCACUGGCCAAAUGGCACAGGACUCAGCCAGGACUGACAGAAAGAUUUGAGUUAUUCAUCAACAAGCAUGAGGUAUGCAAUGCCUACACCGAGUUGAAUGAUCCAUUGGUGCAAAGACAUCGAUUUGAAGAGCAGCUGAGGAGCCGGCAAUCGGGAGACGACGAAGCGAUGGCGCUCGAUGAAGCGUUCUGCACUGCUCUCGAGUAUGGUUUGCCACCAACGGGCGGUUGGGGGAUGGGAAUUGAUCGGAUCGCAAUGCUUCUGACGGACUCGCAGAACAUCAAGGAGGUUCUUCUAUUCCCAACAAUGAAGCCCCAACUACCUGGUUAG